AUUUUUUGUACUGUGAAGAGUACUGUUGUUGGUGAUCUUGUGGCUCAACUUUUCUUUGAUCAUGGUUGUGCUUUUCAUUUCCUUUAUUGAUAGGGUUGCUAUGACCUAAAUCAUAAAAAACAGUGUUGGGGCCAUCUUACAUGGCUUUCUUUGUCUUGGUCAUUAAUGUUGAAACUGGUUUGAUGUUGUUUUAACUCGAUGAAAUGCAAAGGGAAUAUAGCAGGCUUUGGCUUGGUAUAGUUUGUAAGAUAUGGUGUGACAAUGGCACACUAGGUUCCUUAUACUUGGAAAUAAUUGGGAAAUGUAUGCAACUCUUUCUCCUUUUAGCGCAUGUGUAGAAAACUUGGUUUUUGGCGAUGAAGGUUAGUCAUGUAUGUUUAGUGAGACUCAACUACUAUGGUACCAGCUGUGAUGCAAAGUCUGGAGCUUGACAAAGUUUGGAUAAUGUCUGCACUUUGCCAAGAUCAGAUUGUCUUUCCGGAUGAAGCUGUUUUUGUAAAGGUCAGUCAAUCAUCAGGAAGGGUCUAUAUUUUGAAAUUUCAGACAGAUGAUAGGAAGUUAUUCUUCUGGAUGCAGGAACCAAAAGCUGACAAUGAUGCUCAACUAUGUAGCCAAGUGAAUCUGUACCUCAAUCAACCAUUAGAUUUUCCUGGUGAGGAGGAACCUGAUGCUUCAGUUCCCCAACCAUCUGAAGACAUGGCUGAAGAAGAAGAUAUUUCAUCUAGGGCUGGAAAUUUGGUUGGGCCAAGCAUGGGUGCAGAAGCAAGUGGUGAUGUAACCUCAUCGGGACCAGUAAAGUUGGCUGAUUUACAGAGAAUAUUGAGUAACAUAGGGUCUGCAGGUGAAGCUGGAGAUCCAGAUGCAGGCUUGGGAUUGGGAGAUAUUUUGAAGCCUGAAUUCAUUUUCCCGCUGAUAAAUGACCUGCCACUUGAACAACAACUAGCAUCUUAUUUACCUGAGGGCACCUGGACAGCAGAGGAUUUAAUGGAGUUGCUUCAGAGCGCUCCUUUCCGCCAGCAAGUAGAUUCGUUUACUUAUGUUCUUCGAACUGGCCAGGUAGACCUUUCUCAAUUUGGCAUUGAUGCAACUAAAUACAACUUCACUGUUCCAUCUUUCCUAGAGGCACUUGAAGAUUCUGUUACUAGAGUAGCAGAAGGCGAGGAGUCAAGGCGAGAUGGCAGUGAACUGAGAUCUCAAAUGCAUAAUCAAAGUGAGCCAAUGGACGAAGGUCAAUAAUGUUCAGAACACAUCCAUAAUUGGUACAUUCAUUCAAGCCUCUAGAAUUUUUGUGAUUCUUGGCCGAUAAUGCCUACCCUUUAGAAUAUGUUAGUACUGUUAAGAAGGUGGAGAGCUUGGAAAUUGCAACACAUUUAGAUGAAAGCUUGUGUGUAAAAUUUGAUCUGUCGAAUCUGGCUUUUUGUACUUCAAAAUUCUCUGACGUACUGUGAAGGGCAAUUCACAAUGGGUAUGGAUUUACUAUUGCAUACAA